AUGGAAUAUUUUGAUAAUACAUCUGAGAGAGACAGUCAGAAUUUUUUACCAGCCGAGUUUAGAGAAAAAAAUGAAGGUUUUGUGAACGAUAGACCAAAAUUUAAAGAACCAUUCUGGAUUUUCGGAUAUGGUUCUCUCUGCUGGAAUCCUGGCUUUGAAUAUCAGCAAUCAGUAACUGGAUAUGUUAAAGGAUUUUCGAGAAGAUUUUGGCAAGGAAAUACUACACACCGUGGUACAGAUUCAAAGCCUGGACGAGUUGCAACGUUAGUUGAAGAUAGAGAGGGUGUCACUUGGGGCAAAGCAUUUCUUGUAGCAGCGGAUGACCAUACCGCUCUACCAUACCUCACCAAUAGAGAAUGUCAGUUGGGAGGCUACAGAACCUACACGGUACACUUUCAUCCGAAGUCCCUAUACUUUCCAACAAACCACUCACAUAGUUCAAAUCACCUAAAUAGUUCAAGUUUCCCACAUAGUGCAAGCCAGAAAGACGCUGUUCUUUAUAUAGCAGUGCCGGAGAAUCGACACUGGCUUGGCGCAGCUCCUCUUCCAGACAUAGCUCAACAAAUCUUAGAGUGCCGAGGUGCUUCCGGGUCUAAUGUUGAAUACCUCUUACGUCUAGCUGAUUUCAUGAGAGAAGAGGUACCUGAAGCGCUAGAUGAACAUCUUUUCUCCUUAGAAAGAUUAGUUAGGAAAUUCGCCUGUGAUAUGAAGAUCUGCCUUCAGACUCUUAUGUUUGAUAAUAGAGUAGGCCCAAGUCAAGAGAAAGAAGGACCAAGUCAGGAAGAAGAAAAGGUUUCAAGUCUCCAAUUCGCUUCUAGAAUUCCUGAUAAGAAAUUGCGUUGUGUCAACAUGUGA